UGCUUAGUGAAGGUGGACGGAAGGGAGAAAGAAAGAGAGAGUAGCACGCUGACCAAGACAAAUACUAGAUUCAUGGGUUGCUUCUUGUUACUGGUUUUCGUUGAAACUUCUUAAUUGUCCUUUUGUCAUUCUUUGGACCCAACUACUACUCACAAGACAAGAUGAUUAGCAUCCUAAUUAAGUUUAAUUAGCAGACUCUCUCUCUCUCUCUCUCUCUCUCUCUAAUUAGUUUGUGGUCAAAACAACACCCCCUGGCAUCGGUGGGUUUCUUUCUGUCUGACUCUAUUCUAUAUUUUCUAUUAGGGCGUGCGUGGAACAUUGAUGAUACAUGGAUAACAGGACAUCUCCUCCGUCACACUUUUCUAAGUUGUUGAUGGGUUUGGAUUAGAUAGAUAAAUAGAUGGACAGAGCAUCGAAGAAAGGCACAGACCCAACCAGGAAAAAUAUAUUACAGGGAAACAAAGGGAGAAAGACAGUCAGUGCGAGCCAACACCCUCUGAACCGGUGAGUGCGAGCUGCUGCUGCUUACAACACUCUCCUUCUCAACUCAACAGCUGCUUUCUUGAUUGUAAAGUAAGGUAAUUGCUACUUUCAAUUGCUUUCUCAAUUCUUCUAUCUUUCUAUCCAUGUCUUUAGGUACUGUUCACAUCCACAGCCAUCCUCCUUACCACAUGUAUCUUGAUUCUGCCUAAUUGUCUGCUGCUGUUUGGUUCUGGGGUACCUCCUCUCCUCGACUCCCCUACUACAAGCUAAACUAGGACUACUCUCUCUCUUAUAUACUGUGCUUGCAGUCAUGUAUGCAUAUAUGUAGCUUGAAAUUAAUUCAUGUUCUUAAUUAUAUAUGUGUGUGUACCAUGUGCUACAACCUUUUCACUUAUCUAUUAAUCUUAUCUUGAAGCUACAUCCCCUUCCCCUAUCCAGGCUAUAGCGAGGCUCUAAAUCCAAUUAAUUUUGCAAAUCACAAUUACAAUGAUAUUAUUUCUUGUAAUUGUUUGUGAUUUAUUUUAAUUUUAAUUUUUUUUUAUGGACUGGAAAUUUAACACCCACCAUUUCUACCAAUUAACAUUAUUGAAGAUCGUUUCAUCAAAUGUCAUGAUGAUAUUUCAUAUCUUGCCUUCUGUAUACAUAUCAUUGGAGAUUAUAUAUGUAUAUACACGCUUCUUUGCAUGCCUGCUUGUUAAUUGCUGCUCGCAGGGGCGGAGAUAGCCCAUUUAUCCUUUGUAUUUUACGAGCACAAAUAAUUAAGUAGUUGUUUUCUUUUGUAUUUUAUAGAAAACCUAACAUAAAUAAUUAAUUGGUUGUUUUCUUUUGUUUUUUACGAAACCUAAAUAUAAAUAAUUAAUUGGCAUGAGAAUUAGAUUUACAUGCUUCCAACUAAUAUGGGGUUUUAGCUUUUUUCUUCUUGACAGUACACAGAGAGCUAUAAAAAUAUAAAAUUACCAGGGGAAUUCAGUAAUCUAGCUAUAUAUGGCUUUCAUCACAACUGCUGAAGCCUGUGACUCCAACGUACCACUCUUGGCAUCUGGUGACUUGCGAGUUCUGCCCCCCAUUUUCAAGGUAUAUGGCAAUAGCCGGGCAUUCUCGGGUCCCAUUGCCACUCUUAAGGUGUUCGAGGACAACGUGUUGGUCAGGGAGCUUCUUGAAACCGAAGGUGAAGGAAGGGUUCUUGUUGUUGAUGGAGGGGGGAGCAUGAGGUGUGCUUUGGUCGGAGGGAACCUGGGGCAGUUGGCUCAGACUAUGGGGUGGGCUGGGAUUCUAGUCAAUGGCUGCGUAAGAGAUGUAGAUGAGAUCAAUGGGUGUGAUAUAGGGGUCAGGGCCUUGGGAUCACAUCCUACGAAAUCCUCCAAAAAGGGCGUUGGUGAGAAGCAUGUGGCGGUUCACAUUGGAGGGACCUUAAUUUGUGACGGGGAAUGGCUGUAUGCUGACAGUGAUGGCAUUCUCAUAUCAAAAUGCGAACUGUCUCUUUGAGCCACCACUUAGUUAGUUGAGCUUUUUAGAGGGAUGGAUUCUCAGUCACUUUGGGAAAAUGUUUCUUCUCCGUUAUAUGUAGCAUUGUUUUCAUCAAAUAAACUUAAUUUAGGAAUCAAUUUCCCGCUGCACAAUAACAAUUCUUUGUAUUUGUAUUUGUAUCUUUACAAAGCAAUUGUAUUUUCUUUUUAGUAACA